AACAAUCAACCCCGACCAGCAUUAACAGGAACAAAAUCUAAUUUUACUUUAGUUCAUAAUAUUUCAAAUGUAUCAGAUGAAAGAGUUAAAGAUUAUUUAAGAACAGAAGUAUUGGUAAAAGAAUGGAUCGAAGAAACUUUAAAACUCAAGAUUAGAGAGGCCUUAUUAGAUGCUUUAAAAAAUGGUAUUGUUUUAUGUUAUUUAGCAAAUAUUAUCCAACCAAAUAUUGUUCCAGUAAUUACAGAGAAAUCGAAAUUAGGUUUAGAAUUUAAAAAUAAUAUAGAUUUCUUUUUACUAGCAUUAAAAGAUUUAGGAUUUCCAAAACAAAAACUAUUCAAUUUAAAUGAUUUAUAUGAAGGCGAAAAUUUUGUUAGAGUAGUAGAAUGUUUAUCAUCAUUAGCUCAAUUUGCAUGUAUUCAUAAAGGUUUUCAAAUACCACUCAAGCCAUUAAAUCAAAAUAUUCCAAUUAAAAUGCCACAAGGUGAGCAACUCAAUCGUUUAAAAUUACAAUUAUCACAAAUUAAAAACUAUACCGAAAAAUCAUCAACUGGACAACCAAGACCCGUUGGAAGUGCUGUUGCAAAAGCAAGAAUGGCUUUAUUGGCUGGUAAUCAGAUCGAUGUUGCAAAAUGCGAAAGAGGUUUUAUUAGAUUCCAAGCAUUAUUUAGAGGUUUUAAAACUAGACAAAUGGUUAAAAAAAUUAGACGUGAUGUUGCAUAUAGAGAAAAAGUUGCAUCAGAGAUUUUAAAGACUGAAGAAGAUUAUGUAAAAAAUUUAAAUUUAUGUAUCAAAUAUUAUAUGGAACCAUUACUUUCAAAAGAGUUAAUUACAAAAGAACAACAAAAAUUAAUAUUUUCAGAUAUUUCAAUUAUUUAUAAUUUUGGUAAUAAAUUUUUAGAACAAUUAAAGGGACGUUGCCAACCUGGUAAAUGGUAUGUUUAUCAGAAACUCAGUGAUAUGUUUAUUUCAAUUUCAGCAUUUUUUAAAGUUUAUACCAGUUAUGUACAAAACUAUGAUACUGCAUUAGAGACAUUGACCGAAUUGAAAAAGAACACAAAAUUUAUGUUGGCAUAUACUGAAUUAAAAGAAAAACCAGAAAUUAAUAAUUUUGAUGUUACAGCAUUUCUUAUUAUGCCAGUACAAAGAGUACCCAGAUAUUACCUUUUACUUACAGAUCUCUUUAAGCAUACUUGGCCAGAGCAUCCAGAUUACGAAAAUUUAAAAAAUGCUCUUGAUAAACUUAAAGAUGUAGCCUCCUUCUUGAACGAGCGUAAAAGAGAAAGUGAAAAUUUCCAAAAAUUCACAGAAAUUCAGUCUAUUCUCGUCGGUAAGGUUCCACAACUCUUUACACCAAGUCGUCGUUAUAUAAAUAAUAUUUCUUUCUUCAAUAAUAAGAAAUUGGAAACAAUUGUGUAUAUUUUCAAUGAUGUAGUCAUUUAUGGUAAACCAAUGAAAGGUAUUUUCUCCUCUUCAUCCGACCCAAAUAGCCGUAAAGUUAAAUAUAUAGAUAUGAUUGAUUUAGCUACCUCUCAAGUUAUUGAAGAUCCAAACCAUCCAAACCAAUUCGAAUUAAAAUCAAGUUUAGGUAAAGAACUCUUAAUAAUAUCCAAAGAUAAAAACACAUUAGCUAGUGAAAUUCAAAAAUUAAUUAAUCAAAUUCACGAAAAACAAAAACUAAUCGAACAAAAGAUCAUCGAAAACAGCCACUUAAACAAAGAUGACGAAGGUCUAACUGUUGAGCAGCAAUUAUCUGAAAGAAAGAAAAUUAUGAAAAGAGUUGGAUCUGAAACUGCCUCUACCACCGGUACUGGCUCAUCCUCCUCAAUACCAACAAACACCACCACUACCACUACCGCCACACCAAAUACUCCAUCAUCACCAACUCAUAUACCAAACAUUAAUAAUGCUAAUAUUACACCACCAAAUCAAACCCCAAGAAGUAAAGAAAUCACACCACCAACCUCACCCUCCUCAUCAUCUGAACCUUCGAUUCCAGUUAGUUCUUUUAUUAGCUCAUUAUUUAAUAAAAAAAAACCACAAAACUCCCCAGUAUCACCAGAAAUUAAUAGUGAUAAUACUCCACAGCCAGAUGAAGCUGAAUUAAAUAACAAAGCAAGUCCAAAGCAGUCACGUAAGAAAAGAGAUACCUUUUCACCUUCUUCGCUACCAUCAGAAGGCAGCGAUACCAAUUUAAGUAGCAACUCUGCUGAAAAAGGUAAUAGACCAAGAUCUAAAUCAACCUCGCGUCUUUCUAAAAUUACAGGUGCUUUAACUUUAAGAAAAAGAAGAGAAAAGUCGACUCAAAUCGAUCAAUCUUCAAUUCCAUUAAGUGAUGAUGAUGAUGAUGAUAAUUCCACCAUAUCUAGCGCAAACAAUACACCAACCAAACCACCAUCAUCCUCAUCACCAAGCACUGCCAAUGAAUCAGAUUUGUCAUUAUCGCCAUUGAGUGUCUCAACUCCAAACCUAACCCAGCAACAAUCACAACAACCCCCAAGCUCAUCACCAUCACUAAGCUCAUCUAUGACAAACCCAACAAGCAAUCGUUUGUCGACAUCAAGUAGUGUUUCAACGAAUAGCGAAGCUGAAUCCUCAACUACAACAAACGAUCAUAGUACUCCAACACCCUCCAACGCCAAUACCUUAACUUAUGAAAAAAUUCUAGAACAAAAAUCAAAGGGCGAGUUAGAUAUUUUAAAAUUAGAGACCUAUCUUUCAGAUGAGGAGUUUAAAGACCUUUUCCGUAUAGAUCGUAUUGAAUUUUAUAAACAACCAAAAUGGAAACAAAACCAAAAGAAAAAUCAAUUAAAACUUUUAUAA